AUGAGCGACAAUGUACAGCAACAAGUAGAUUCAGUUGGUUCCGUGACUGAAAAUUUGCAAAGAGUUAAUCUCAAUAACAGACCUAGGAAGUACGUUCCUCCCUUUGCCCGUAGCACGCCUGAUGCCGUUCCUACGAGUCCUACACCGGUGAGCUCUGAGCCAGCUUCUCGCUCUGAAACCCCUAGUGAAAUUUCGUCUUCUGGCUUCGGCGGACGCCGUGAAUUCAACCGUGGUGGCGAAGGCCGUGGAGGAUUUGGAGGUGGCUUCCGCGGAGGUCGUGAAGGUAAUAACGGUGGUGGUUACCGUAACAAUCGUGGAGGUGGCCAAUGGAAAGACGGUCAACACAUCCUCGGCGCUAGAAACACCAUAUUGGAACGCCAAUUGUUUGGUGCUGUCGCCGACGGUGUCAAAGCUUCAACAGGAAUCAACUUUGAAAGAUAUGAUGACAUCCCUGUUGAGGUUUCUGGAGGUGAAGUUGAACCUGUUCAUGAAUUCCUUUCUCCUCCUUUGAACAACCAUUUGCUUCAAAAUAUCUUCCUAUCUGGUUAUACUCAACCUACCCCAGUUCAAAAGAACUCUAUCCCCAUUGUCACUUCUGGUCGUGACUUGAUGGCUUGUGCUCAAACUGGUUCAGGUAAAACGGCUGGUUUCCUGUUCCCCAUUCUUUCUCUUGCAUUUGACAAGGGUCCAGCUCCUAUUCCUAUGGAUAAAAACCCUGGUAUGGGCUAUCGUCCUCGUAAGGCUUAUCCCACUACCUUAAUUCUUGCUCCUACUCGUGAGUUGGUUUGCCAAAUCCACGAGGAAUCAAGAAAGUUCUGUUACCGCUCUUGGGUUCGCCCCUGUGCUGUUUACGGUGGUGCUGAUAUUCGUGCUCAAAUUCGUACCAUGGACCAAGGCUGUGAUUUACUCUCUGCCACUCCUGGUCGUUUGGUCGAUUUGAUUGACCGUGGUCGCAUCUCUUUAGCUAACAUCAAAUUUUUGGUUUUGGAUGAAGCUGACCGCAUGUUGGAUAUGGGUUUCGAACCCCAAAUUAGACAAAUUGUCGAAGGUGCUGACAUGACUGGUGUUGACAAUCGCCAAACUCUCAUGUUUUCCGCUACUUUCCCUCGCGAUAUCCAAGUAUUAGCUCGUGACUUCUUGAAGGAAUACGUCUUCUUGAGUGUUGGCCGAGUUGGAUCUACCUCUGAAAACAUUACUCAGAAGGUUGUCCAUGUUGAAGAUUCAGAAAAGCGCAGUUACUUGCUUGAUAUCCUUCACACCCUCCCUAUUGAGGGCUUGACCUUGAUUUUCGUCGAGACUAAGCGUAUGGCAGAUACUCUUACCGACUAUUUGUUGACCAGCAACUUCCCUGCAACUAGCAUUCACGGUGACCGUACACAACGUGAGCGUGAACGCGCUUUAGAUUUGUUCCGUUCCGGCCGUACUUCUAUCAUGGUUGCUACUGCAGUCGCCAGUCGUGGUUUGGAUAUCCCCAACGUUACACACGUUAUUAACUACGACUUGCCCACUGAUAUUGAUGACUAUGUCCAUCGUAUUGGUCGUACUGGUCGUGCCGGAAACAUUGGUCAUGCCGUUGCUUUCUUUAACCGUAAUAAUAAGGCUCUUGCCAAGGAUCUCAUUGACCUAUUAAAUGAAUCCCACCAAGAGUGCCCUAGCUUCCUUUUGGCUAUGGCUCGUGAAAGCAGUUUCGGCGGUGGUGGUGGCGGACGCGGACGCUUCACUCCUCGCGGACGUGGUGGUGGAAACUACGGAACCCGUGAUUUCCGUCGUACUACUAACACUGCUAGCAACUACAACACUGGCGGUAGUUACGCUCCUUACAACAGUGGUUAUGAUCGUACCCCCAGCAAUCAUGGAAACACUUAUAACAGUGGCAGUUCCCAGUCCUGGUGGUAA